AUGGCCAAUUUUGAGGAAAUGGCAAUGUUGUUUGCUGUUAAUAACGUCGAAGAACAUCAAAAUAAUUUCAAUAAUGCGCAUCAUGAAAGACAAACACGAAAUAAGGAAAUGAUUACGGAUCCAUUUAAAUUAACCGAUCGGUUAUUCAUAAAAAACUUUCGACUCACUAAAGACGUUGUAAAAGAUUUAAUUAUACUAUUAAGUCCCCAUUUAUCAAAUUCUUUCCGUUCAUCUGCGAUUGAUCUGAAUACUAAAAUUUUUGUAACUUUAAAUUUUUUGGCUACGGGCUCUUACCAAUCGCCUAUUGGUAACAGUAGAUUUAUGGGUCUAUCCCAACCUUCUGUAUCCCGCUGUAUCAGUGAAGUUGUGACUGCAUUAAACCUGCCCGAAAUAUUUAAUGCUUGGGUUAAGUUUCCAAAAAAUAUAAAUGAACUCAAUGAUAUCCGUAAUGGUUUCUACAGGAAUACUGGAUUUCCUGGUGUUGUUGGGUGUAUUGAUUGUACACAUGUGGCAAUCACACCCCCUUCAACAAAUUUAAAUUUAAAUGAAAAUCAACAUCCCGAAUACAUAUAUGUUAACCGUAAGGGAUAUCAUUCAAUCAAUGUCCAAUUGAUUUGUGAUUCAAAUUUAAAAAUAUUGAAUGUCAACGCUUUAUUCCCUGGAAAUACUCACGAUACACAUGUGUGGAAUAACAAAAAUUAUAAUAGAAGACAAAUGUCAACUAGGAGUAUAAUUGAACGCUGUAAUGGAGUGCUAAAAAUGCGAUUUAGGUGCUUAUUAAGAGAUAGGACACUGCAUUAUAAGCCCGAAAAAGCAUCUUCCAUUAUAAAUGCAUGUGUAGUACUGCACAAUAUGUGUAUCACAAAUAAUGUUCCUAUGCCUGAUGAUCCUAAUAUUGAAGAUCUUGAUAAUUUGGGUAUGGUGGAAGAUCAAGACUUCUUGGCUGAUUUUAACCGAAACAUAGAUUUAACACUGGGAAGACAACAGAGAAAUAGAGUAAUCAGAUAUUUAUCACAUAGAAAUGUUAUAUAA